CCCAGCCCCCGGGAUCUGCAGCCCUCCCAGUCCUCCGUGCCCAGGCAGCAGCAACAUGGCGGACAGCAGCACAGGGCUCUAGCCGGAGAGACCCCACCUUCCCAGCCUACCUCCCCGGGGCAGAGGGCAGCCAUGAGGCGGCAGUGAGGAGCUGCAGCCCGGGAUCUGCCUGGCAGCACCCAUCUGGCUGCUCUGCAACUUCCCUGGGAGGAGAUCGCACGGCAGCAGCAGCCUGGAGGGAGAGAGACACCAUCCCUUCCCCGCCGGACCACUGGCUCCCCUGUAGCAUCGGAUCACCCCCUGCUGAACCGGAUCACUGGAUAACCCCCCUUCUUCUGCACCGGAUCCCUCCAGAUCGCUGGAUCCCCGCUGCACCGGAUCCCGCCCAGGGGCUGAGGGUGUGAAGAGCGUGGGCCUGACAGAUGGUUCUUUAUGGAAACUGGUGGCUCUGAGGACAGGCGGCUGACGCGGUUCUUCCUCUAAGAGACAUGGAUUCCUGGCACGUGCUCCUGGUGUGGGUGUGUUCUUUGUCAUGCCUGGUCGCUGACAACACUACCACAGUUGCCCCCGCAGCGCCGAACAUUACAUCCGGCCCCACGCGCCAGAUCCCCCGUGUAGUGCCCAGCACAGACAUCAACGUCGGCUCUGACACCGGAGACACGAAUUUGACGUCUGCCCUCACAACCACAGCUGCCGUCAUCCUCGCACCUACACUGAACGUCACAGACAGCAUCUCCGGCUUCAGCCCCGCCAGCAAUGACACGGACGCCAGCAAUCACACCUUGUCCAACAACACCACCGCACCUGCAACCACCGUUCUUUUUGCCGGAGGAACAAGCGCCUCCGUUGUGCCCGUUACAGAUAUAACGACAACAGCUGACGAUUUCCUGGAACUGACGACCACUUUGAAAGUCUCGACUGACGACAUGGUCACUCCCACAGGGGGAACAGAAAAAGGUCAAGAUGAAACCCCCAUUAUUGCCGUCAUGGUGGCGCUCUCCUCUCUGCUGAUUAUUGUGUUUAUCAUCAUAGUGCUUUACAUGCUGAGGUUUAAGAAGUAUAAGCAGGCCGGGAGUCACUCCAACUCCUUCAGGUUGUCGAACGGCCGCGCUGAUGACAUGGAACCUCAGAGCAUGCCGCUUCUGGCGAGAUCGCCCAGCACCAACCGCAAGUAUCCGCCGCUGCCUGUGGAUAAGCUGGAGGAAGAGAUUAACCGCAGAAUGGCCGACGACAAUAAGCUGUUCCGGGAGGAGUUUAACGCUCUUCCUGCCUGUCCGAUCCAAGCAACAUGUGAGGCUGCCUCAAAGGAGGAGAACAAGGAAAAGAACAGAUACGUCAAUAUAUUACCUUAUGACCAUUCCAGGCUUCACUUGAGUCCUAUUGAAGGCGUCCCAGAUUCCGACUACAUUAACGCCUCUUUUAUAAAUGGCUACCAAGAGAAGAAUAAGUUUAUAGCUGCACAAGGGCCGAAAGAGGAGACUGUAAAUGAUUUCUGGAGAAUGAUCUGGGAGCAGAAUACAGCAACCAUUGUCAUGGUCACAAAUUUGAAAGAAAGGAAGGAGUGUAAAUGUGCACAAUACUGGCCAGACCAGGGGUGCUGGACGUACGGCAAUAUCCGUGUGUCGGUAGAAGAUAUGACCGUAUUGGUGGAUUACACUGUGCGCAAGUUCUGCAUCCAACAGGUCGGGGAUGUCACAAAUAAGAAGCCGCAGCGCCUCGUCACACAGUUCCACUUUACCAGCUGGCCUGAUUUCGGGGUGCCUUUUACUCCCAUAGGGAUGCUCAAAUUCCUGAAGAAGGUGAAGACCUGCAACCCGCAGUACGCUGGGGCCAUAGUAGUACACUGCAGCGCCGGGGUGGGCCGCACCGGAACGUUCAUAGUCAUAGACGCCAUGUUGGAUAUGAUGAAUGCAGAGAAAAAGGUGGACGUUUACGGAUUUGUUAGUCGGAUCCGGGCUCAGCGCUGUCAGAUGGUACAGACAGAUAUGCAGUACGUAUUCAUUUACCAAGCACUGCUGGAACACUAUCUGUACGGGGACACGGAGCUGGAAGUCACCUCGCUAGAGACACACCUCCAGAAGUUGUACAAUAAGAUCCUUGGGGCCAGCAGCAAUGGUCUCGAGGAAGAGUUCAAGAAAUUAACGUCCAUUAAGAUUCAGAACGACAAGAUGCGGACGGGGAAUCUACCGCCAAACAUGAAGAAAAACCGCGUCCUUCAGAUAAUCCCAUAUGAAUUCAACCGGGUCAUCAUCCCCGUGAAGAGAGGGGAAGAGAACACAGACUAUGUAAAUGCCUCCUUUAUCGAUGGGUAUAGACAAAAGGACUCGUAUAUUGCAAGUCAGGGUCCAUUGCGCCAUACCAUAGAGGAUUUCUGGAGAAUGAUUUGGGAGUGGAAAUCCUGUUCUAUUGUCAUGUUAACAGAGCUGGAGGAGAGGGGACAGGAGAAGUGCGCACAGUAUUGGCCGUCAGACGGCAACAUGUCCUUUGGCGACAUAACCAUAGAGCUGAAGAAAGAGGAGGAGUGUGACAGCUACACGGUGCGAGAUCUUCUGGUCACCAACACCAGGGAGAACAAAGCCCGUCAGAUCAGACAGUUCCACUUUCACGGGUGGCCGGAGGUUGGGAUUCCCACCGAUGGGAAGGGAAUGAUAAAUAUCAUCGCAGCUGUGCAGAAACAGCAGCAACAAUCUGGGAAUCACCCAAUCACCGUACACUGCAGUGCCGGCGCCGGGAGGACGGGGACGUUCUGCGCUCUCAGUACAGUGCUGGAGAGAGUGAAAGCGGAGGGGAUUCUAGACGUUUUUCAAACAGUGAAAAGCUUGAGGUUACAGAGGCCACAUAUGGUCCAGACACUGGAGCAGUACGAAUUCUGCUACAGAGUGGUGCAGGAAUAUAUUGACGCAUUCUCGGAUUAUGCCAACUUCAAAUAAAACCAAGGGGAGGAUGCGACUGUGGCCUUUAAUAUUUUGUAAUAUUCUAUUUGUUAAUAUAUCUAGAUCAGUGUAUAUAUCUUAACUGUUUUAGAGGAUUGGUACAAUGUGCUUUAUAUUAGCUGGACAUUUUAUAUGUAGCAAAGUGAAUAGUGCCGAUAGCCAUUUAGGUUUUGUUUUUCUCAUUAUUAUUUGAAUACAGUAGCUUGAUGUUUGGAUAUUAUAUAUAUAUAUAUAUAUAUAUAUAUAUAUAUAUAUAUCCUCUCCAUCUGCACAUAGACCUGCUGCCCAUUAGGAAAAGCCUUUGGAGACUGUUGUAGAAAGAUCUAUAGGAUACACAGCAGCAUAUAAUCGCAUUUACUGCCGUUCCAAACACUUCUAAUUCUGUAAAUAAAUAUAUAAAUAGAAAUUAUAUAAUAGAUUUUUGUAUUAAAAAUAAAAAAAUAAUUAAGAAAUAACAUAAACCUUUUAGUCUUGCAAUUAUUGCUGCACGGCUGUGGCCGUUUGCGCUGCUGGCAAGGCCUAAAUUUGUGGCGGGUUCUUCUACAGCAGGUAAAGGGUUAAACAAGCCUUUAAUGCAAUGUAGGUCUCCGGGGCGGGUAGGGGGUUUGUUGUUUAUAACCUGAAUAUGCUGCUCUGUAUCACAUAGUGCUAAUUACUACUGUACAUUCCAAGGUCUCAGUAAUACCCAACCUUCUAUCUCUGACUGGUCAGCUACUUCAUAAGUCCUGCUCAAAAUGGCUCUGCAUUAAAAUGUGUUGAUUCUGUAACUGAUCAAAGGCAGCCAUUUUGUGUGCUGAACUAAUGGUUAUAAGAAAGCAGCCUCUCCGGGGCCUGGGAAACAGUGACAUGGCACAGAGUUCCUCAUGCUUUAGGUAUAUCACGGAUUCUUAAAGAUUUCUUACCAACGUUGGUUAUGUCCACAAAAUGGCUGCCCUAUGCCGAGAGAGGUCACAUAAACAUUGGGUCCACGCUUAAAAUGGUUGCCAUUCCAGUGUGUAGACUGGCUGGAUAAGAUGAUAAACAUGUUUUUGUCACAGACUCAACCUCUUUGGUCAGAUUCCUGAACUAUGGCCAUCCAUUAUCUUCAGGCUAAUUGUCAGAUGUUAGUUUGACCUUCCGCCAGUCACGUGUAGAACGACCAGCCAAAGGCAUUCCUAAUAUCAUUAGCAAUGGCUAGAUCCAUGGACCGUAAUAAAGCCUAAUAUUGGCCGGUUUGGUUGGCGGGCACCGAAAUCCUUUUGCUACCCACCACAGUCAAAAUGUUUUUAUACAUGAAUGGUUUUUUUUUUUUUUUUCUUUCUUUUUGUGGCGCUUGUUUCAUAUGUUUACUUUUCAUUUCCUAAAUUGUCUUAUACUUAAAGUAUCGGUGAUGACAAUAAAAAAAAAAAAAAGAAUGUAGUGCCAAUGUACAGAAUUGUGGCCGGGGUUCCUAAUGUGUGUAUGCCAGAGUGUUAUUUAAGAGAGUUGUCGCCCACUCCAACCCUGGGCACUUACCCGAUUGCAGCCGGCGCUACCAGAAAGGGCAGUGGAAGAGAUCUAAACUGCCACCAUGGCUCCAUAUCAAUUACUUGCAGUAAUAUUACAUCAUCGGUGGCGCAGAGCGAUGUGGCUGGCACCAGGUAACUGUCGGGGUACCAGGGUUGGUGAGUACUCUAUGGGAGGUCUAGAAGACGAAGGGCACUUUGUCAGAUAUAGAGGUUUAUCAUCUUAUACGUUGGCUUCCUCCUUCUAGGCUCCAUAAAUGUAUUGGUAUGUAACCAAAAUUAAUCUGCACCAAAACAUAAUGUAAAAGGAGGAUACUGAAUACACAGUCAUGUCCAUAUACAAAAGGUCCAUAGCGAUGAGUGACCACCUGUCCAGACACAUAACUAGUAAAUAACUUGUCCAUACCGAAGAGUGACCACCUGACCAGACACAACUUGCCCAUAGCAAGGGGUGACCACCUGACCAGACGGGUCCGGCCCCAACCCGACCAAACACAUAACUUGUCCAUAAUGGGGAGUAACCACCUGCCCAAACUCCUAACUUUGCUGGGGGGUUUUUCAUUGGCUCUGCAAGCCCUUACGGCAGAGAACUUUUGGUGUACCCAGUCAUGACAGAUAUGGAAUUGGCUUGCUGUCCCCAUCUUUGUGGUGUUGGGAUUGCUAAGGACCACUAAACUGGACAACCGAGGUACCUGCUAUUCCUAAUAAACACACCAUCUGAAUGGGCCACCACCUGUGAUAAUUCUUAAUUAAGAAACUGAUGAUUGAAUUGUAAAGAGAGAAAAAAGUGGUAAGAUGUAUGAAUAAAAUAGCACACCCUGAUAAUUAUUUGCUCUGCUGUGGAAGCUGGUACAGGAAAUGGAAUUAAAAUCCUAGCACUUCACAACAUGUGGUCUUCUGCUAGCUGGGAAUGCGUGUUAUGGUUGGCUAAUACACCCACAUGUUAUUGUGGGGAGCUGGAUUCUUUGGGGGCAGUGUAGACCUUUCAUUUACAAAUUUGCAAAAGUACAAGCCCACAGCGCAGAUUCUCUUGUGACAUCAGUGUCAUUCUUUUGUGAAAAUGCUCCAUUUUUACAGGGAGACAUGGAUUUUUGGGCCAAGAUGGCACAUGAAGGCGAAAGGUACACCGUUGUGUGGUUGGGGAACCUUUCUUGCAGUGGUGCUCGUAAUGUGCAAACUGAAUGUGCCUAAAUUUGCACAAACAUGCAAAAAAAAGAUUUAGUUAUGGGGGAUUGAGAUUAUUUCAGUAAAAUGGUUAGUAAAGAAACCGCUUACUAGGUGGUUCCCUGCUGCGCACGGCCCUUUUCUCCAGUGCCGGGAAUAGUUUCCAGCUGCGUUUUUGCAGAAAAGUGCUCUUCAUACAUUAGCCUUAAAACAAAAGGUGCCACGUAUAACAAACAGCUCGUAAUGAACCUCAGCCAGACUGCAUUUAAGACUUACAAGUAUAAAUGAAUAAUUGGGGGUGUUACGUGAUCUGAUAAAUAUGGUCAGAAGUUUCGGGGGCACCUCAGCUUGUAUAUCCAGCAACCGAGAAGCUGUGUGGAUCCCCUUCAGGAAUGUUAGUCUUUGGGCAACAUCCCCCCCCCCACCCCCCAUAUUUAGGAAGUCGCUGUCACACGCGCCUUGAUGUGUGAAUCCCAAGUUCGUCUUUUGGUCAAUAUCACCUCAAAUGUAUUCCAUCAAUUCUCUGAUCUGUUUACAUCUCACUCCACCUCUGACCACGAGUUGACAGCGGGAUUUCCGUGUCACCGAGCGUCUAUAUUGACGAAAGUUCACCAGAAAUCCAAUUGUUAACCCUGAAGCGGAACAGACAGCUAUAAUUAUCCUGCUGAAUUAGACGUGCUUAGUGAUGUUCUGGAUUAUUUGCCAAAUGCUUCGUCUAUGCAGCCCAGGAAAUCGGUGCUGAGGGAAAAAGUCUACUUGUUGGAAGUCUGCUUUCAUUAAUCGCUGGCAAUGGCUUUUCUGUUUUUUACCUCUUUUACUGUUUAUUGGUUUGUAGAAUCCUCUUUUGAUACGGUUUUUCUUGUAAAAUUAUCAUGUAUUAUUGCAUCGUUAAUUGGCUAGUGUCAUGUAGUGCAUUAUUGCAACAUAUUGCUGUCACAGCAGCCAUUUUGUCAGCUUAGCAGUAUUCCGGAGAAAACAGCCAAUCUGUUUACUAGGAAUCCAACCGUGGAGAGCGAUAAACUACCAACCAACCAGCUCCUAACUGCCAUUUUCGAAACACAGCCUGUAACAUGGCAGUUAGGAGCUGAUUGGAUUGUACUUUUAUCUUUCUCCAAACCUUGAUUCAUCUCCCCCUAAGUCACUGAAGAAUUCCUCCGGACACUGCAAUCAUUAAGUGACAGGUGCAUAAUUAUAUAAUGCCUUAAUAAGUUUCACAUUUAAAGCCAAAACAUUGCCUUUUAUCUUCUGGGGAAAAAAAGUUUACACCUCUCACUUCAGAUAAGUUUUUCCAAGUUCUGUAAGCAUUUUUGUAUUAUUUUUGUACUUUUGAAACAUUGACACGUAAAUGGGGUGUGAGAAUCAGAAAAUGGGAGAUUUCGCCUGUUUUUUUUAAAGUGGCAAUCAUUUACAUGGUAAAACCAGGUUGAUUUUGCGGUGCAAAUGAUUGCCACUUUUAAACAAACAAGGGAAAUCUCCCAAAAUCUCUCACUUUCUGAUUCUCACACCCUAUUACAUUUCCCCGUUGUCUUUUCACACGUACAUCUCUGUGCUUUGGUUUGUGUCUACAAAUUGGAGUAAAUGUUCCCGUGCUUAUUGUCCUCAUUCAAAGAUUUCUAAAUUCCAGCAUUAAAUUAACAUUGGCCCUCAUUCCGAGUUGUUCGCUCGGUAUUUUUCAUCGCAUCGCAGUGAAAAUCCGCUUAGUACGCAUGCGCAAUGUUCGCACUGCGACUGCGCCAAGUAACUUUACUAUGAAGAAAGUAUUUUUACUCACGGCUUUUUCUUCGCUCCGGCGAUCGUAAUGUGAUUGACAGGAAAUGGGUGUUACUGGGCGGAUACACGGCGUUUCAGGGGCGUGUGGCUGAAAACGCUACCGUUUCCGGAAAAAACGCAGGAGUGGCCGGGGAAACGGUGGGAGUGCCUGGGCGAACGCUGGGUGUGUUUGUGACGUCAACCAGGAACGACAAGCACUGAAAUGAUCGCACAGGCAGAGUAAGUCUGGAGCUACUCUGAAACUGCUAACUCGUUUGUAAUCGCAAUAUUGCGCGUACGUCGGUCGCAAUUUUAAGAAGCUAAGAUUCACUCCCAGUAGGCGGCGGCUUAGCGUGUGUAACUCUGCUACAUUCGCCUUGCGAGCGAACAACUCGGAAUGAGGGCCAUUGUACAUUUUUGUGCACAUGCUCCGAUGAUACAUUUUUGGAAAAUUGCUUUUGUGCCAUAGUGGAACUGGUUCUCCUUUCACUGAUGCAAUCAAAAGAUCAGAAUUACAAAAUGAAAUUGUACAACUGUAUUUUCUUUGAUUGCAUCAUAGUUUGGUGAUUUUUUUUAUUUUUACUGUGUUUAAUUCAUUUGUAUAGUAUUUUUUGUGUGUAUAUAAUUAUUAUUGUUUUUUUAUAGCAUUUUUUUUUUUUCUGCGUCCUUAUCUACUGUAUAAAAAGAUAAUGCUCCUUGGCAGAAUUUUGUCAGAACCAGCAUUUUCUGCUGCGGGGUCCACUGGGCUCCACAAGGAUUCACAUCGGGGUGCAGAGUAGGAUCUUGAUCCGAGAAACCAACAGAGACGGGUUAUAGAGGAGGCGGCGCUGUGCAUCUUGGGAACAGUCAAAAGCUUUGAGCCUGUUGGUGCCUCGGAUCAAGAUCCUACUCUACACCCCGAUGUGAAUCCUUGUGGAGCCCAGUGUACCUCGCAGAAAGAGAUAUUUAACAACGGUAAGUUCUUACCAUAAAUCUUGUUUUUUCUUUUGAACGUUCGGGCUUAAAUUAAUUAAUUAACUUGAUAGCGUGCAGAUAAAUUUACUGCAUCCCUUUGAAGCGCAGACUUCCUUUCCUUAUGAAACUAUGCACUUGUCUUACUUCAGGUCCAGUUUACAGUACGACUUUAAAAAUGGUGCUCUGUGAUUGACAUUACCAGCCUAACCACUGGGUUUUCCCGUAGACAUAUUGCUCCUCAGUACCUUCUGCAACAUAUAAAUUAGUUUGGUGAAAUUAAAGGGUUCCUGACGCAGACUGAGGCAGCUGCUUUGCAGAUUACAUGAAUUGAUUCAGUGGUGACAUCACAUAUGAGGUACCACGUGAUGUCACUAAUUCUGACAAAACGGCUGUCUCCCACUGCAAUUAUUGGAUUGCUCCUCUUUUAACUAUUAAGCCAAUUUAUUUUAUUUUUUUAAAGUUUAAGAAAUGGACCAAAACUAAUUUCCAAUCCGCUUCCCUCUUGGAGUUGAGUUCUUCUGCUUAGCGGAUCUGAGACUCCACCAUGUACCAUGUGACCCGCAGCUUGGUUUUACACUGUGGUUUUUUUAAAUGUACAUCGCCCUGCUCAUUAAUCCAAACGUCGGUCGAUGCUAUCAUUGCUGUAAAUAGGCUUGGUCAGUUCCUGAUUUUUGGGAAGUUGGUCAGGCUGUAGGUUUUACUCUGAAAUAAAUGUGCUCAUUCCAAAAGAAGAAAA